CCAGGUAGCGGGCGAAGGAGGCGCAGAAAACCACGCACUUGACUUACGCUUCGUCUUUGGAGGAAAACCCGAAUAAUGGCAUCGACGUUUUACGGCCUGACGGCGAAACUGUUGACAGGAGAGCUAUUUAAAUUCUCCUCGCUUCAGGGAAAAGUCGUCCUCAUUGAAAACGUCGCGUCUCUCUGAGGCACGACCGUCAGGGAUUACACCCAGAUGAACGAGCUCCACGAGAAGUUCUCCAGCAAGGGGCUCGUUAUCCUGGGAGUGCCCUGCAACCAGUUCGGCCACCAGGAGAACUGCAAGAAUGAAGAAAUCCUCCUGUCCCUGAAGCAUGUCCGUCCAGGAAACGGCUUUGAGCCAAAGUUUCAGCUCCUGGAGAAGAUAGACGUCAAUGGGAAGGACACCCACCCCCUGUUUGCGUUCCUGAAAGAAAAGCUCCCACUCCCCAGUGACGAUCCUUCAUCCCUGAUGAACGACCCCAAGCUGAUCAUCUGGAGCCCAGUGAGCCGGAACGACGUGGCCUGGAACUUUGAGAAGUUCCUCAUUGGGCCAGACGGAGUGCCUUUUAAGCGCUACAGCAGAAGGUUCCUCACCAGCGACAUCGAGGGAGACAUCAAGAAGCUCCUCAGUCAGGCCACCUAACCGCCCUACAGUUCACCCUGGCCCAAUUAUCUUCUGCCAUAAACCAAGUUCCGUCUUGUAACAUCUGUGGGCCUUUUCUAUUCCCUCCAUAGUUUCUCUAGAUGUUGGCAUCACCUGUGCUCUCCUGUGUCUGAUAGCUGUGUUGUUUGUUUUUACUACAUGAAGGCGCCCUCUGAAACCAGGUGUAAGGGGGGUGUCGGAUGAAAUGUAAAAGAUGCAAUGUUUACAGCUUCAUCGGCUGCAUGUAAAGCACGGUUGUGGUGUGAUAUGAGAACCAAUAAAAGUUUUUAUCCAGA